UGACCAAAUGAUUUUGACAAAUAGCAAUUUCUUGUUUUUAGAAGUGUAUCAAGUGUUUAAUAAGGCUACUAUUGUUGGAUGCUGAAGGCGGGAGAAGGACUGACUCUCACCUUUCUACCAUUUUUUUUAAAUGAGAUAAAAUCAAAGAAAAUUAGCUUCAAUCCACCUUUCUAUUGUAAACACUACACCAAACUUGAACAUUUUUAGAUAUCAGGCAGUAAUAAUAAUAUUUAGCAUUGAAAAUCAUAAUUUGAAGCAAAUAUGUGUCUUUCUUUUCGAAGCUUUUUGGUUGCUUUGCUUUAUUCAUUGAUCAAAACAGAAUUGAUGAGAUAUAUAAUAUUUAAAUAGCAUUAAUCGUAUUAGAUUAUUUUUUUAAAAUAUAAUAAUGACCAUCUUUAUCAAGUAACACAUUUAAAAAAGACAUAGUUAUAAAACGUUAGUUGUGACAAAAAUACAGGUAUAACAUUCAUGUGGUUCAUGGCUCUGCUGUCAUGGCUGGAUUUCCUCAGUAAAUAUGAAAAAACAAAUUAUGUGCAUAAUAAAUAUGAUACAUGCCUAGAUUUGUGUUUUUUAUUUCUAUUUAUGAUGUCUCAUGUCCAGUGGCAAAUAUCUCAAGCAUGUUCAGGACGAAAACAAAAUUUAUAUAGAUACAAUAGGCAGGUCCUGUAAUAGGGAUCGACCGGGAUGAAGAUGAAAAAUUAGCACAGCUACCUGAACAUAUAUGCAGAAGAACAAUAUGGCACAUCAAUCAUCAUUUUAUGGGUUGUUACCAUUACCAGAUUACGACACAGACGAUCUUUAUGAAGAAUUACCUGAUAAUUCACCUUCAAAAGAAGAAAUCAAAGGAAUGAAAGCUCAAAGAUGGAAAGAGAAAGUGAAUUCCCUGGCCCGUGUAAAAUCAGGAGAUGCUGUUUGUUUUAAAAGGACUGGAGGAUUAUACAAACAUCAUGCACUCGUGUCUGCUGUAAAAUCAGGGAAGAAAAGGCUGAAAAUAAUAGAACUUUCAGGAGACAGUAUAGACUGUAUGCUUGGGUCUUCUUCCUCGUGUGGUAAGGGUAGUGUAUUUGAAACAGCAAUUGAUUUUGAUAAGUGCUCCACAAUGUAUAAAUAUUACUACAAUACGGAAAGGAAAGACGGUCUGCACCCAGUAGAUGUUGCUAGGAUAUUUUUUGAAGAAGGGCUUCCAAAUGAUUACCACGUAAAAAGCUUCAAUUGUGAACAUUUUGUAAGUUAUUGUAUCACUGGAAUUCCGUUUUCCAAACAGACUCGUUCUACAAAUAAAGAAGCUGGGCGCUUGCUUGAUGAAAUCGUGAAAAAACAUCUCGAUGGAAGUUUACAAGACAAAAGAUCUAGCACAACACCACCACUUCAUAAAACCCCAUACUUGUUAAUGGAUGGGUGUAAUACUGCCUAUACCAGCGUUAUGCCAGGAUAUAUCGGAACAAACAGAUAUUCUGGAUUGCAGCGUAGAUCAUUUGCACAACGAGACAGUACAUAUUCAGGAUACAUGGAACUCGACUACUUGGAUCCGUGCUAUGAGGAUAUUUCUUCAUACUAUACAGUUUCGAACAACAAUUCCUAUUAUAAAACUGGCGGUUUUAUGUAUUGAACUAUGCACCAAAUGGGAUAAAUGAAUUGAGGUGGUUCAAUGAAGCAGUUCUACCCGCAGAAGCUAUAUGUGUUAUUUCAUUUGGGAUGUAUAACAAGGUACUCCCAUCGGUUUGAAUACUUAAUUUGUAUCUAGUUCAAGACUAGUAUACCCUAACUUUCCGUCUAUUGCAAAUAAUUAACUUGUAUGUGGUUCAAGAUAAUAGAAUCCUACAACUCUAACUUUUUCUACAAACUGUGUUUGAUAUACAAUUUGCGUGACGUUCAAGAUUUUUGAAAAUAACACAGCUAAUGGUGUCGUGUUACAUCACGCUGAUCAUAGAACUGAAGUUUAUUUGUCAUCCGAAAUAUUUGUUGCAUUUUGUAUUUAUUGUUUCACAUUUUUUAUUAUUGUUUUGAUACCCGUGUUGUUGUUGUUCACUUUUCUGACGUAUAUCUUAUUUAUUAUUUUCUUUGCUGAUGUUUUUAGAUUUCUAUUUGUGAUAUUUUAGAAAAUAACUGUGCAAUAUCACUUUUCUAUCUGCCGUUUUCAGAGUUUUGGAAAUACAACUGAACAUGUAACUAUGCCUGGACGAAUUAAACAAAUCAGUCAGAACAUACAAAAUAAUAAUUUAUUUAUAUAUUUAUAUUUGUAUAUAAAUUGUAACUAUAUUCAGAUUUUUAUAUAUAAUUAAUGAUAACAUAUAUAUAUAUUUGGAAUCUCUCUCUCUGUGUGUGUGUGUGUGUGUGUGUGUGUGUGGGGUUUUUUUUAACAGUGAUCAUGCUAGAUUUCAGAUUAGUUGAUAACUUGUUAUUUAAAUGUUUAGUCAGUGUGAACAAACUCAUUUAUGUGAAAAUUAAUUCAAAAUGAAAUAUUCUGCUUUGUAGCAAGAAAAAAAAUUCCGUGACCUCAAUUUUUAUUUUCAUUUUAUCAAAGGACAUUAUGAGCACUAUCAACUCAUAUUUCAUCUUAAAAUCAUAUCGUUUAGUUUUCUUUAUAUCUCACAAAAUGUCCAUGUAAAACCGAUACAAAAUCUGACAAUUUGAAAAACGUGUAGCUUUAUUGAAAAAUCUAUGACCAAUAAUUUUUAUUAUAUUCUUGAAAAAGCAAGAUAUUAACUAUACAUUUUAGCAAAUUGUUAAAAAAUGUAUCGAUUUUAAUCUAACUUAUAAGCCUUUGUUAUUGCCUAGUUUUGAUUAAGAUAAUGUUACAAGCAUUACGGGAUGUAUCAUAAAACCAUUAAAUAUUAUAAAUCUAUUCACGCAAAUUUUCUAACUAUUGAGAAUAAAUUAUGUAGUCUGGUCAAUAUUAUUUUGAGUCAAGUAAUACGUCUUAUCAAAUUUAUGCUAACAAACGCAAGCGUAUUAGCCUUA